UUUGAAUUUUUUUAUGGUAGCAAGUAGUGUAAUAUAAGUAUUAGUAGAAGUAUACAAUGUUUUUAUGGAUUAGAAAACGAGAAUGUGCAUGUAUUUGUUAUUCAUGUUUUGUUAUGUAUGUGUAUGAGUACAAAUGUGAAAAUUAAUAUGCAUGUGUUAUGACAAAUUGAGAAUGUGCAUGUUUUUUUGGUAUGUGAAUAUGCAUGUGCAUGUGUAUGAAUGUUGCACCGUUGCAGGUAAAUGGUUGACCCUGUUUGGGAGCAUGGAGAAAAAAGGGGAUCGGGUUUCAAGUGCAAGUAUUGUGGCACAUCAAAGAGCGGUGGAGGGGCAACACGGUUCAAGGACCACUUGGCACAUAGAGGUCAUGAUGUUAUUGAUUGCCCUUCGGUUCCCCCCGCGGUGAAGAACUUUUUCAUUAGUGAGUUGGACAAGAUAAAGGCGAAGAAGUAUGAAAGACAGCAAGAUAGACGUAGGAGAGAUGCUGCAGCUCGAAGUACUCAAUAUGUUGACUUUGAAGGUGAGGAAGAAGAAGAAGAAGAGCAGGAUGAUGAGUUGCAGCAAGCUUUGAGACAUUCACGGGAAGAGUAUGAGUUUAGGCAAAGGGCUGGUCCAAGGUAUGAGAGGGGUGGUGGUUCUGGAUCAGGCCAGGCACGGGAUCCAGGUGGUGGCUCUAGACCAAUUGGGAGGAUGUUUUCUAGGAGUCGGUCACAUAUCCCCGAGCGGGCAAGGGACUAUAACCUUGCUACUGCUUCCGGACCGAGGCAGCAGAGGAUUGAUACGGGGCCUUGGACGUCUAAGGGGAGGACUGCGAGAGAGUUGCUGGGUAGGGCGUGGUCAAAGGCUUGCCACUCCGUUGGUAUUCCUGGACGGAAGGUAGAUGACCCUUACUUUAGGGCGGCCAUCAUAGAGACACAGAAACAAGUUCCACCUACAGCUACCCGUCGGCACCCUCCUUUGUGUGGCCACCACAACCACAUCCGAUGGCUGUCCCUCCGCGUCCUCUAUAUGGAUAUCCCCAUAUGUACUAUCAAGGAUAUCUCCCAUAUGGAAAUCCUCACAUGUACUAUCAGGAAUAUCCCCCAGAGCAAGAUCCCUCCGAAUGAGUACCUAAGUAUGAUUCGACGUUACAAUGGGAGUCAUCAACAAUUUCCGGUCGGUCGUAAGGUUUUCCUAUGGGAAAACACCGAAAUAAAAAUUUUAGAGUAUAUUAUGUGUUAACUAUUUGAGACUUGUAUUAUUUGAACCUAUAUUUUAUUUGAACCUAUAAAUUGUGUUAACAAGUUGAACCUAUAUUUUAUUGCAUUUGGAUUGUGGUUUGUAUUGAUAUACAUAUGUUUUACGUCAAUUCUAUUAAUAUUUGCUUUGUAA